UCUUUCACCUCGUUCCAUCGUCAACCUGAAUUUACACAAUUAAGCCUGGCUCAGUCUGCCACGAUAGCGACAUCGGCCACCUAUGAACACGAGCUAAACGGGAACGGCAGGCCUGAGUUCCGGUAGCAAUUGAGUCAUUUGGCAGUUGACAACGCGACAUUUCGAAUGAGUUCUCUACGACGUCCACUUCCUUGUAUAUACCUCGACCAUGACCCCCGCGAGGCGCGCUCUCGUCUGCGUGGCCAUUGCGACCAUCCUGGGUCUACUACUGUAUUACCGAUCUGUCAGCUCUUCUCUCACUAUCAAGUCGCUACGGAGUAGUGUACCUCAAGUCAUUGGACUCGGAGAUUUGUUUGACUCAGAGGAUGAAUAUGAGCAAGACCCCUUUCUCGGCUUGGGCGCCCAUCACCGGCUGACUCCGGCAACCACAAAUUCAACACAAGCAGCUACCCCAAAGCCCACAGGCCCCAUUGCUUUCGGAGAGAAACCUUUCGGGCUGAAGACCUUCACGCGAAACCUUGUCAUGGCCAGGACGAAGGAGGAGAACGUUACCUGGCUCGACGAAGUAGAUCUAGGCCCGGAGAUCAAUAGGAUGAUCUACGUUGCCGACGACCCAACUGCUCCAUUACACCCACCGAAAAACAAAGCGCACGAAGUCAUGAUUUACUUGACCUAUAUCAUCGACUUUUACGAUGAGCUACCAGACAUCAGCAUCUUCAUGCACUCUCAUCGCUUUGCGUGGCACAAUGAUGACUUGUUGAACUGGGAUGCGAGCGAGAUGAUUAAGCGAUUGAGUGGUGAAAGAGUACAACGGCAGGGCUACAUGAACAUGAGAUGCCAUUGGAUACCCGGAUGCCCCGAAUGGAUUCAUCCCGGCCGAGUUGAACCAGAUCACGAAAAGCUGGAGCAGUCGUUGAUGGCGGACGCUUGGGCUGAAUUGUUUCCGCUCAAACCAAUUCCCGACGUCCUGGCUCAACCUUGCUGCUCCCAAUUCGCACUGAGUCGAAACAAGAUCCGCGAACUUCCCCGGGAGACAUACUCACACUUUCGAGAUUGGAUUUUGCGAUCCGACAUUCGAGAUUCCAUGAGUGGGCGAGUCUUCGAAUACCUUUGGCAGGUCAUAUUCACGGAUCAGGCUACCUUUUGCCCCAAUCAGCGAUCAUGCUAUUGCGAUGGCUUCGGCGUCUGCUUUGAAACUGAGGAGACAUUUGACAAGUGGUUCGAGGUUAGGUACUACAAGAUGAAGGCCGAGCAAGAGCUCCAAGAAUGGGAGGACCAAUUUCAGGCGAUCGAGAAGUAUCGCAAAAACGGCAAGUUGCAGGGAAUCGAGGGCGAUGAUCUUGAGAUCCCCGAGUUUGGAAAGAAAGAAAAGCUCCAGGCCGCCAUUGGCGAGAUGGAAGCCGAUAUGGAAGAUCAAAGACUACAGGCUCUUCAGAGAGGUGUGGACCCGAAAAUGAGAGCUGAGAGUGAUGGGAGAGACUGGAAAGAGGGCGAAGGGUACUGAAUUGCUUCACUGGUUUCGCCCAUCCCAAGGUGGAUGCGUGAUGGCAGCCCAUAUGUGUUUUGCAUGACUGAGAUGGGCGUUGAUGUACAGCAGUCUAUCGGCGUUGCUUUCGCUGGGGCAGGAAGUCAGCUUUAUACCAUUUACGACCACGGCAUAUAUAGAGCAAAAGGAAUGACACGGAAUAGAGGGUGUCGAAUAUACUGUACAAUCUCUUAUUGAUUUCUCGUAUCAUGGUAUGUAGCCGAUUUAGGGGGUGGAGGUGAAUAAACUGGGACCUACAGUACCUACUGUACUAGUAGGUACGUAGGCACUCGUGUAACGCCACCUUUUGGAGUUGUUAGGCUGCGAUU